CCCCGCAACGUCGUGUUUGUUUUGCUCUCUCGCUCGUAUACACCGAACGCAGUGCUAUAGAGCGCCGUGUAUGUGUUUUCUCGCCCAUUGACAUUCCAGGGUACAGGCAGGGGGACUCGUGACACGAAAAUCUAGCCUGUCAGUGCGCAUUUUUCUCGCCGAUUAUAUUUAUUUUUCACGAGCGGCCGACACUUCCGAUCACCUUAUCAGCGGGCCCUCCCUUUGUUCUCUCGGUUUCACUUCCUUUGCAGAUAAUAAAUAGAAGCUGAAGAUAAUGGACAACUCUGUGGUAGAGUCUCCUUUGGAAGUUCUCUCCAGAGCAGCCACUAUGGUCCAGUCCGGAGUGACAAAAGGAGACUCCCUGGGUAAGGACUUGCAGCCGUCUGCAAGAUGGCGUCGGGACAGACGUCCGUGUCCAAUAUCGCGGUCAGUGGCGCCGACACGAAGCGCCGCAGAUGAUGACAGUCCAUUGGACAUGAGCACCAGGAGUCGUCGGCGCCUGGAACCAGAGGAACGCUCUGGUCAGCGCGGCCCCAGCGAGAGUGACCCAGUCAUUGACGAGCACUUCCGACGCUCCCUAGGCCAGGACUACCAGGCCCUCUUUCCACACAGCAGCAAUGCUCAACAAAGACCGCCGUCGCCCAAGAAGACUCAGUUUGACCCCACAGAAGACUCUUCUUUUACCCCGCUGACAGUUGAUGACCAUUUUGCCAAGGCGUUGGGCGACACCUGGCACAGACUGCAAGCCUCAAAAAAGGACAACGAUGAAAAGACUUCCUCUUGCUCGUCCUCUCCACCUGCAUCGCCGUCUGUUGUUUCGGCCGUCGUCUGAAUGGAAUGUGUCGUGCUUUUAAAAUGUGUGUGUGCGAUUCAAGUCGAGACUUUCAACAAGAGAAUAUUAUUAUUAUCUUUGUACUAUCAGUUGUGUAAAAUGCUCUAGACAUGUGUAUUUAUUUUAUAUUAUUGCAUAUUGUUAGUCAACAUUUAAGUUAUUAUCAAGUGGUAAACAAUUAAACAGAUCAAAUUAGAAAGUAUGAUUUUUUU